UCAUCCACGACAUAUCAAUCAGAUCCACGUAAAGGCGAACUAAUUUUAUUGAUGAUCAAGAGUGUUUUCAGCACAUCUGAUGAUAAUUGCGUGAUUGUGACUUGAUAUUAACGAAAUUUUUUUUUUCGAUCAAAUCAUUUUUAUACAUCAAUCUCGUUUCGUUUUUCACACCGAUCAGCCUCCACCCCUAUUACGUUCAAUGCGUUGAAAGCGUCGCCACCCUUUCUCAAUUUCUGUAUAUUGUUGCAUCGUACUUCACACAUGCGCAACGGUGCUGCCAUCGCGCGGCAGAAACAAGGGGGCGUAUUACACAGGGAUGCGAGAGGAUGCGAAAGGUGCAUCGUAUCGUGUUAAGUGAGUCGGCGUGAUCAUGGGACGGAAGUAGGAUCGCGUCUCGACAGCAGUGUCAUCGCUGUGCACGUUGUCGUGCGCAUCUCCCCUCCUUCGUUAGAGCCACUCUUGGUCACCUUGGUGAAUUUCCUUUCCCGGCUUUUUUGUCCUCGAACGAGCAGCUCAACCCCUCCCGAAAUUUAGAUGAGUGGCAUGUGCGGGCUAGGGUGAAAGAGACAAAUAAAUCAGUCAAUAGUGACGCGUGCAUGAGGUCAGACAAGCCGGCGUGCCGGGUUCCGUCCCGGCUAUGCGGCGAUACGCCUUAGGCCCUUCGUCGUGGUCAUUUUUUGCUGCGUUCGCAGAGCGCAUUACGGAUCGGUUAUAGAAUCGAGAGAAACAGGAGCCGUGAGUCGACGCUGACCGAGAGCGAGCGGAAGGUGCGCGGAAUCGUCGGCAGGUGCAGUCACGGAGAUCAGAGAGGUGGAGUCAUCGCGGGCGGCGAUCAUCGCGGGUUUGAAUGGGUGGGCCGGGCGCCGGUAGAGUUACCAGGCACGAGCUGAACGCGGUGCCCCAGAGCCACGUCGGUCACGGGGAACGUGCCCUUGGUGAGCCACCAGCAUCAGGCUGCCGUUGUCAUCCUCCGGAGCGAUCAUCUGGCAGCACCAUCCGCUCCUCCGCCCAGCAGCUGCCACCCUCGCCGCCGCCGCUCACUUCUCUGCAUAUCGGCAGCAACAACGGCACUAUCUGUGCCGUCAUCAGCGGCAAUAACAACUCCGCUAUCACCACGAAUCCGAGCGACGGUAAAGCCAAAAAGGCGGCCGCCAUGUCUUCGCCGCCGAAACAUCGCAGGGGCUUCGACCCCAACGACCCGACGGAAUUUCACCGCUAUCGUCGCGUUAAGACGAAGCAGCGAGGCUUUGUAUGUCCCACAUCGUGUGACCUUCGACGAUGGACACAGACCUCCCCGAGAUCCCUCGACACAUCCACCAGCACAAGGCAUUAUAAAACACACACAAGCUUGCGAUGUUCGAUGUUGGACCGCUUACUGGUUGUACCCCCGCCGAUACAACGCGACGAAAGUACGAUCACAUGAUAAAAAAAAUACAGUAUUCUCCGAAAAUAAAUUCAGCGAAAUCCUUCUUGAAGCAUAAUAUAAUAUUAGCAUGAUAAUAUCAUAUUAAGAAGCGAU